AUGCCAGCUCCCCACCAUUCAUUACCGCCAGUUGAGGGAAAACCGCCAGUUGAUGUGAAACCACCUUCCCAUAAAUCGCCUAAGACACCACAUCCAUCGCCUCCACCACCACCCACUGAGAAACCUAUGCCAUCACCGCCAAAAGAAGGGAAACCACCAGUUGAUGCAAAACCACCUCCCUAUAAAUCGCCUAAGAUACCACAUCAAUCGCCUCCUCCGCCACCCACAGAGAAGCCUAUGCCAUCACCACCAGUUGAUGUGAAACCACCUUCCCAUAAAUCUCCUAAGACACCACAUCCAUCGCCUCCACCGCCACCCACAGAUAAGACUAUGCCAUCACCACCAGUGGAUGAGAAACCACCUUCCCAUAAAUCUCCUAAGACACCACAUUCAUCGCCUCCACCGCCACCCACAGAUAAGCCUAUUCCAUCACCACCAGUUGAUGUGAAACCACCUUCCCAUAAAUCUCUAAGACGCCACAUUCACCGCCAUCCACAUCGUCGUACAAAUCAUUUGGUGAAACCGUCGCCCGUACAGAAGCCUGCACAGCUCCGCACAUCCAUCGACGCCCAUACAUAA